CAUGUUCAAAACUGGUUAAGUUCCACAGUAUGCAUGCUUCCUCUUGUUUCUCUGGCUUUCAUACACUUGAGACUUGGCCAAGAUCACCUCUCACUUCUUAUCCAACUUCUGAUCAUCAAUCAUCAUACACCAUCAUUCCACAGAAAAGACCAGCAUGGACAGUAGACCACCACUGGUUUGGCUCAUCUUUGUCCUGGUUACCAACAUGUCCUCAGGCAACAACCCAGAAUUGGUUGCCGGAAAACCCCAUCACGCUGCCUCAACCUUCCCUCACGACCAUCCUUCUCCACGGAGACUUGCUGCUGACACCCAAGGGUUCAUAAGCAUUGAUUGUGGGAUAGCUCCAGGCUCAUCUUACACAGAUGAUAGAACCCAGAUUCAUUACACUUCUGAUGCAGAAUUCACAGACACUGGAAUCAAUUAUAAUGUUUCCAGGUCUGAAAAUCCUUCAAAGCAGCUCAUGAAUGUUAGAAGCUUCCCAGAAGGAGCCAGGAAUUGUUACACCCUAGAACCAGAAAAAGGCAAGGGUAAUAAGUAUUUGAUUAGAGCUUUCUUCAUGUAUGGGAACUAUGACUCCAAGAAUCAAGUCCCGGUCUUCAAACUUUAUCUGGGUGUUGAUAAAUGGGACACUAUCAAGUUCAAAAAUUCAAACAAAAUUUUAAGGAAGGAAAUCAUACAUAUCCCCAAAACAGAUUACAUAGAUGUGUGUCUAGUUAACAAUGGUUCUGGGACACCCUUCAUAUCUGCAUUAGAGCUUAGACCGCUUGAUAAUUCCAGUUAUAAUAAAACCGAACUGGGUUCUCUGCUACUCUCUAACAGAUGGGACUUCGGUUCAGAGCAAGAAAAAUUUCAAGUCAGGUACAAAGAUGACGCUCUUGAUCGCAUUUGGAACUCCUACAAGAAUGCUUUUUGGGAAUCCAUAACCGCAGGAUUUGAAAGCUAUUCCUACAGUGACAAUCCCUUUAAACUUCCGGGAAUAGUCAUGUCUACUGCUGCAACACCUAAAAAUGAAAGCGAACCCUUGAGCUUCUUCUUGGAUAUGGAUUAUCCUUCUCAAAGAUUUUAUUUGUUCAUGCAUUUUUCUGAGGUUUUGCAACUCCAGGGCAACCAGUCCAGAGUAUUUACCAUCUGGCUGAAUGGCACCUUAUGGAACGAUCCUGUGGUUCCCAAACGCUGUAGCUCUACCAGAAUAUUUAGAACAAAUUCUGUAAGGGGAAGUAGAUUGUUAUUUUCACUUGUGAAGACGGAUGAAUCCACGCUUCCCCCCAUUAUCAAUGCCUUGGAAGUUUAUGUGAUAAAGGAAUUCUCACAAUCAACAACUGACCAAGAUGAUGUUGAGGCUAUCAAGAAGAUUAAAUCAGUGUACAUGGUGAGGAGAAACUGGCAAGGAGAUCCAUGUCUUCCAAUGGAUUACCAAUGGGAUGGCCUGAAAUGCAGCGAUAAUGGUUCCCCCACUUUAAUAUCAUUGAACCUCUCAUAUAGCAAUUUGACAGGAAAGAUACAUCCUUCAUUUUCCAAUCUCAAAUCAUUACAAACUCUGGAUUUAUCUCACAAUAACUUGACUGGAUCAGUGCCAGAGUUCUUAACUGAACUGCCAUCUCUAACAUUCCUUAAUUUAGCAGGGAACAACUUGAAAGGUUCAGUUCCUCAGGGGCUUAUGGAGAAGUAUAAGAAUGGCACAUUGUACUUGAGUCUUGGAGAAAAUCCAAAUCUUUGUGUGUCAGUCUCAUGCAAAGGAAAGCAGAACAAGAACUUCAUUGUUCCAGCUCUCGCAUCUGUUAUAUCAGUUCUGGUCCUGUUCCUUCUAAUUGCUGUUGGUAUCAUUUGGAACUUCAGAAGGAAAGAAGACAGAGCUAUGGAGAUGGUCACCAGAGAAGGAUCAUUGAAGUCAGGGAACUCAGAGUUCACUUACUCUGAGCUUGUGACUAUUACCCGCAACUUCAGUUCCACCAUUGGACAAGGAGGAUUUGGAAAUGUUCAUCUAGGCACUCUGGUAGAUGGCACUCAAGUCGCGGUCAAGCUACGCUCGCAAUCAUCAAUGCAAGGCCCCAGGGAAUUUCAAGCUGAGGCAAAACUCUUGAAGAGAGUCCAUCAUAAAAACUUGGUUCGCCUUGCUGGGUAUUGCAAUGAUGGUACAAACACGGCCCUCAUUUAUGAAUAUAUGUCUAAUGGAAACCUGAGACAGAGGUUGUCAGGGAGAGAUACAGAUGUUUUGCAUUGGAAAGAGAGGCUUCAAAUUGCAGUUGAUGUAGCACAAGGAUUGGAGUAUCUGCACAAUGGUUGCAAGCCACCAAUAAUCCACAGAGAUGUGAAGACUUCCAACAUAUUAUUAAACAAAAAACUGCAAGCUAAGAUAGCUGAUUUUGGGCUGUCCAGAGACCUUGCAAUUGAAAGUGGCUCUCAUGCAUCAACUAUUCCUGCAGGCACACCAGCAUAUCUGGAUCCUGAGUAUUACUCAUCUGGAAAUUUGAAUAAAAGGAGCGAUGUUUAUAGCUUUGGGAUUGUCUUGUUGGAGCUGAUUACUGGCCUGCCUGCAAUAAUAACCCCUGGGAACAUCCACAUAGUCCAAUGGAUUAGUCCUAUGCUUAAAAGAGGGGAUAUUCAGAACAUUGUUGAUCCAAGGCUACAAGGAGAUUUCAACACCAAUUCUGCCUGGAAAGCUCUAGAGACAGCCUUAGCAUGUGUACCAUCAACUGCAAUUCAAAGGCCAGACAUGAGCCAUGUACUGGCAGACUUAAAGGAUUGUUUGGAGAUGGUGGGUCCCAUGAGAACUCAGAGGAUAGAUAGCUACAAAAUGGGAUCAAGCAACUCCCUUAAAAGCUAUGCCGUGGAUCUUGAAGGUGAAAUGGCUCCCCAUGUUAGAUAGUUAUGGAACACCAUUAGCUUCCAGUUCAAAUUUGCAUAAAGUUGGUCCGUUGUAUUAGGCAGUUCUCUCAUCCUUGAAUUGUAUUAGUGAAAAAUGGUAAGAUGGAAUACUAUUCCAACUAAUUCUCAACUUCUCUGGCGGCGCAAACCCGCCUUCAAUUUAUUUUGAGAUAGCAACACAAGCCUAAUUUCUUGUGUCA